AUGAAAUCAUGCGCCGUUACCGCAGCUGGUAGUGCUUUGAUCUUUGCGGCACUUGCUAUUGCAGGACCUUUGCCUCCGGCAGUGAACACGGCGGUCGAGACUUCUCAACACUUAAUAAUCAGAGAAACACACCCACUCUCUAGCGGUUCAUCCAUCUCAUACAACACGAUUUCUCAUGCCGAAGAGGGAGCCAUUGCUACCCAAAGCUCGACCCCCAGCGGUGUAAGUUAUAGGCUUGACACUAAUAAAAGGACCCCGCCUGAUAACAUCGGUGUGACUGAUGAUUCCCUAUUGCAUGACCCAGGCACGCUUGAAGAUGCAUAUAAAACACUCGCUCCUGCCGAGAUCGUGGCAUAUAAUAACCUCGGCCCAGUUAUUCCAAGUGAACCUCUACCACCAGUAUUGUCCUCAGCAAUAGUUUCCAGCGACCCUCCGCUCCCGAAGUCCUCUACCGGGCCCGCAAUUGGUAAUGAGAGUGCCGCUGAAAUCGUGAAUACAGAGAUCCCCGACUCAAUAAUUCCUGACAAUUCUCUGCCUCCGGGGCCGGGGGACUCCUCCAAUUCCGAACAGACUGGGACUGGGAUUGUUGUAACCGCUCAUCCUGGUCCUGUCAUGUUUGAUGGCCCGUUACCACUGAUCACAUCUGAGCCAAAGCUAGUGGCAAGAUCAGUUAUGGAUUUAAGGACCGUGGAGGUCGGGGAUAGUCUACAGAUUCAACCGCAAGCUGUUCUGGGAACAUCGAAACUCUACUCGCGAACUGGUCUUGAUGUAGGGACUAGUCAACGUGUUGCUACCGAGGGCGUGGGUGGUGAUGCAGGAUCUCGAACCUUAUCAUCCCAGCACCCGGCAAUAUUUGAAGGGAAAUCUUCUAGAAGAUAUGUUCCGGUCGGUGUCAUCUUCUCUUUGGAGACUACUAGAAGAGUUCAGUUUCCCGAAAAGAAAAACGCAUAUCAAAAUCAUCUACAGCGCAAUUACUGCGCACUUCCGUCGAUGGCAACGUUUCCCAGGCGGCGUCGCGCAGUUGUAGAAGAAUCUUCUGAUGACUCUGAUGGCGAGGGUAAUUCCGGACAGGGUGCUGAUGCAGCCGAGGAUUCUCCAAAGAAGAAAACUGCAGGCAAGAUGUUCAUGACUGCUGUAGAGAUUCCUGUUCGUCCUUCUGGUCCAAAAUUCUCUAAAAAUCCUCCGACAACUGCUUCCAGGCAAUUGUCCAUGAGAAAUUAUUUUAGCAGUUCUCCCAGCUCGAAUUUAGUAGUGGUACCUUCAAAGGGAAAAAGCACAUCCAAGUCUUCACAAAAAACAUCCACACUCAAUACUUUCGUUGUUAGAUCGCCACAAAAGCCGCCUGCCCCUCCACCAGUCAGCAAACCUAGAGGUAGAGCUCGAUCCCUCAACAAUAGCUCAAAAAUGGUUAUCGAUUUGGACAGCGAUAAAGAUGACGAGUCCGAUUUUGCUCCGCCCUCAGAAGCGCCCUCCGAUGGCGAGGCAUCUGUAGCUGAGUCGGCGGUUCCUACUGACGAUGAAAUUGACCCAAAGGAAGAGGAAUCAUCUGAGCUUGAACCUAUCUUUGCGAAGGGAUCCUCUAGUAAAACUGCUAAAGUUGCUGCAAAAAAAAGCUCGGGCGCUGCCGAUAAGCACCACUCGUUACCCAAAAAAUGUGGUUUGACGAUUAAACCCCGAGAAGGGGACCUUCCACCCAUCUCCGAUCUUCAAUUAAUCUUCGAUGAUAUCGUUUCUCGGAUUCCAGCGGUGACGGGUUUAUUUGGUGAUAGAGGUGGGAGGAGGCUUAGGGUUGCAACUAUGUGUUCAGGAACCGAAAGUCCUUUGCUUGCUUUAGGCUUGUUUGGAAGAAGUUUCCAGAAAAUGGGAUUGGGCAAGCUCGAAAUACAGCAUGUCUUCAGCUGUGAAAUUGAGCCAUACAAACAAGCUUAUAUUGAGCGAAACUUCAAGCCACCGAUCUUGUUUAGAGAUAUCAGAGAACUGGGCCAAGAUUUUGCCACUACGGCUUAUGGUGCUAAAGUUGCUGUCCCUGGGAAUGUUGACCUUUUGGUUGCUGGUACAUCUUGCGUAGAUUUUUCAAAUCUCAACAACAAGAAAAAGACGCUCGACGAUGUAGGUGAAUCAUCUGAUACGUUUCAUGGCAUGAUGAGGUGGGUAAAUCGUCAUCGGCCGACCAUCAUCAUCCACGAAAAUGUGGCUGGGGCGGCCUGGACAGAAAUGCGGGCUGAAUACUUAGAAGCCGGAUAUUCGGCCGAGUUUCUGACAAGUUUCGAUACGAAAAACUAUUACAUUCCGCAAACCCGCUGCAGAGGAUAUCUGUUUGCCAUCGAUCAAAAAGGAAGCUCAAUUCCAAAUCAAUGGAUUGAUGCUAUGAGAAAGUUGCGCCGGCCAGCAUCGUGUACACUAGAAGCAUUCCUCUUGCAAUCCGACGACCCAAGAAUUCAUCAAGUUCGAAUGGAUCUGGCUACCAAGAGAGACGGAAACAAUAGACCUGCCCGAUCGGUCGAGUGGGAAAAAUGUGAGGGAAAGCAUCAAAAGGAAAGGAUUGUCCAGAAACUGGGGCUGAAAAGACCGAUGACACAAUGGGAAGAGGGGGGAAUCUCUAAAAUGUUUGAUUUUGCUUGGCAAGACUGGGGUCACUCGCAGGUUGACCGAGUGCUGGAUUUAAUGGAUAUCAAUCUGUUAACUCAAGCAAAAGCUGGCGUCGAUGCCAAUUACAAGGAACAAUUUUGGAAUUUGUCUCAGAACGUGGAUCGCAAUACUUUUGGUAAAGCGAAUGGGAUUUGCCCAUGUCUCACUCCACAUAUGAUUCCUUUUUUGACAUUCCGCGGUGGCCCAAUGAUUGGCCUCGAGUCUCUUGCCAUGCAAGGACUUCCUAUCAAUGAAUUACUUCUAACGAGAGAGACGUCCCAAGAACUACAGAACCUUGCAGGAAAUGCAAUGUCGUCAACUGUCGUUGGAACCGCUAUUCUCGCAGCUUUGAUCUUAUCUCAAGAUCAUCUCAAACCAGCAGAUAACGACGACAUGGAAAUUGAUGUCGAGGAGGUUGAUAUAUCUACAAGAAUCAGUGGUGUUAGCAAGUUGCUUGAGAGGCCGUUGGACUUGUCUACAUCCCAACAACUCCAGAUUAAAACACUUCUCAAGGAAGCACAAAGGAGUGCCAGGCUCUGUGUAUGCGAGGGUAGAUCAGACAUUACCGGUAAUAAGAUCUCGGUUUGUAAGGAGUGUGGACACACUUCUUGCGAGAAGUGCGGUGGCCGCCCUGAACAUCACUACAUCCCUUUCAAAUACACGGAUAACCGCAUUACCCCUUUGCAGUUUGAACACAAAGUUAAGAGUGUUUUACCUAUGCGCCUUUUAGUAGACGGCAUAUCUAGCAAUCUUCUUGAUGAUCUGAAGAAUAGAAACCCUGACAUUGCAGCAAACAUCAAAAAUAGCGACUGGAAAACCUUUCAAGACUGCUUGACUUAUGCCGUUAAGUCUGAGUUCAGAUUUAUGAGCCUUAAGCGCCAAGAGAUCUGGAGUGCAAACUACGAUGCCCCAGAAGCCCGAAUCGAAUUAUUGCUUGACCCUCUACAACCGGAGUGGAGGCUUUUUGCCAAGUGUCCAGCGACGGACGGGGCUCUAAGUUUUAGACGUAAAAUGUGCGAGAUGCCACUUGCCAGAAUGAGACUCGCUGGUGCAAGUGAUCCUAUGGAAGGUCAGUGGGAGAUAUGUCUCCCAGCUAGAUACGAAUUCAAACUUGAAAUCGAAGGCAAAGGAUCAUUAGUAGAAAGCUGGGAGGCUUCGAUCGGUUUACAGGACCCUAAAUUUGCGGACAAAAAAGUAUGGGAUCACAUCCAGGUCUCGGUUCCUGAUGAUAUGAAGCACUGCUUGGAUCAGAACAUCAACGGUACUUACAAGCUUUUGCCUACAUGCGGCACUGCAAAUGGAUCUUUGCACAAAAAAGUGGAUCAAGACGGCGCUUUACCCAUCUACUUCUUUUUAGACCCGACAAAGACCAGCGAAGCUAAAAGUGAUCCCUUCGUAUUCUCAACCACGACUAGACGGUAUGCAUACGGCGAAAAAAGGCCACUUAUAGCAAGGAUGGAAACAAAAUUCCGGCCCUCUUCAGCUAACGGCCCUCGAACAUUUGAAUGUUUUGCAGAUGGACAGUGGGUUUCCACUGAUGAAGUCACACUCGCAACUCCCGUGGGUAAAAAAGACAUGGUCAACGAGGGCGUUUUUUCUAUACCCGGUCCUCAAGGGUUGUCAGUUAGUGUUUCGAAUGAUGACUGUAAGACUGCGAAUGCGGUCUUGACUUGUCGAGUUCCCUUGAAGAAUCAAGCCGAGGAAAUUUGGACGGAAGGUGCCUGGACUGAGGUUGACAGAAUCCACGAAAGGAAUACAUUCGAGUCUUUGGCUUGGCUCACAGAGCGUAUCCGUUCUAUGGAACAGCUUUCAAAAUGGAAUAAUCUCAAUCUCCCUAGUGAUUAUUCGAACUGUGAAAGGUGUGCGCCAACAGCGCCAAGUCUGAAAUGGGUCCGCAAAGGCAACAAAUAUGUUCCUCGCGAGGAUUCGGAACAAGCUGCGCCUUAUGAGCGAGCACUGAAGAACAGGCCCUCCCCAUUCGUCACACAGUUGAAAUUAGAACGCUCUAGCAACGGGGACAAAAUAGGCCUCUUAAGGAUUGGUCUCAACAUACCCACACUGGUCCACCGAGCACUUUCCAGGCUUCCAUAUGCAGAGAACGCCAUUCCAAUGCUUAGCUGGCGUCUUACGACAGACUACAUCCCGGUUAGCAAACUCGUUCUCCCGCCCUUCGAGCUUACCAGCAACAAACGAGAUGCUCAGUUCACCCAACCGCCUAAUUUCAUUACCAAGCUGCGACCAGAACAGCUCAGGUCGCUUACAUGGAUGAUGAAACAGGAGAAAGAUGAAGCUCCCCCAUUUAUCGAAGAGGAGGUCUCCGAAGCUCUUCUUCCGCAUCUUAAUUGGAAAGCUGAAGGCAGAGCGGAAAGGCCUGUUCAGGUUCUUGGGGGCGUUCUCGCGGAUCAGGUCGGAUACGGCAAAACCGCGAUCACUCUUGGAUUGAUUGAUUGUUCUCACACCGACAUUACACUUCCUUCAAAGACUCCUGGAAUGAUCCCCGUGAAGGCCACCUUGAUUGUCGUGCCCCCUCACCUCACCAACCAAUGGCCAUCUGAAAUCGCAAAAUUCACUGGAAACAGGUAUAAAAUCAUCAAGCUUAAGUCGCAUACCGAUUUGAACAAGACCUCUAUCCAGCAAAUAAUGAACGCCGACAUCAUUGUUGUCUCGUCAACCUUGUUUAAAAGUGAUGCAUAUCUCUCUAGUUUGGCUACGUUUUCAGCAUCGAACACCCCACCUGGGUCAGAUGGCAGGCGAUUUAAUGCCUGGCAGGAUCAAGCUCUCAUAGAUCUGAAAGAGCAGGUUGAGAACCUUCGCAAUGGCGGCGCCGAUUUUGUUCUGGGCAGGAUGGAAGAACAGUCCAAAAAAUUGAAAAGCGAAGACGUCGGAGAGGUAUUCGUACAGACCAAACGCCUCAUUGGCAAAGCAUAUGUCGAAGCAAAGGAGAAGGGGAAAGCAGGCGCUAAACGCAAGAGACCUGAAACUGACCAAGAUUCUGAUUCCAACGAUAGUUCUUCCAGUGUAUCUGGUCGUACGAAGAAAAGCAAAGUUUCCGUAGCGCAUACGGAAGGUGAUCCGUGGAAACUCAAGUCAUCACUGGUAAAACGAGAUUGGAAACAAAUGAUGGCGCCACCACUUGCAAUGUUCCACUUCAACAGGCUGGUGAUUGACGAGUACACGUAUCUAGGAGGCCGGAUCCAUUCUUCUAUCACAUGUUUAAAAUCAAAGUUCCGCUGGAUUCUGUCCGGUACUCCACCAUUAGAUGACUUUGCAGAUGUCAAGACUAUCUCGGUAUUUUUGGGUGUUCAUCUCGGUAUUGAUGAUGAUAUGGUUGGCAAGAUUGAUAAUAGGAAAAAGAUCAAGAAAGACCGCACAGAUGUUGAGGCUUUCACUGCUUUCCGCGAGCUCAGGUCUCCGAAUUGGCACCAAAGGAGACAAGAGGUUGCCCAAGCUUUCUUGAACCAGUUUGUCCGUCAAAACAUCGCAGAGAUCGACGAAAUUCCCUUUGAAGAGCAUGCAGUCCCUGUGUCCCUCCCAGCUGCUGAGCGCGCCAUUUAUCUUGAACUUGAGCACCAUCUGCAGGCUUUAGAUAUGAAUAUCAGAAGGUCGAAGAUCAAGCUCGAUAACGACAGGGACAAGAGGUUGCAGGAGUCGUUAGGAGACAGUGCAUCCGCUGAAGAAGCAUUGCUUAAGCGCUGUUCUCACUUUGUUCUCGAUUUUACGAAAGAGGACGAAGAGAACGCUGUCCAGGCGUGUCAAGUUAUUGUGAAAGAUCGCAAGCGUCAACUUACCAGCUGUCGCGAAGAGGUCCUUCAACGCUUGGUGGAUUGUCUGAAGCGGCAUAAAGAAAUCCCCAAGUCCUCUUUUCCUGGGGAGGAUCAUUUCAACACUUGGUUGACUACUACCCGUACUGCUGGUAUCGGUGACGCAGAAGCUGGGGAAGAUAUACUUGCGUUGAUUGAUCAGGCUUAUGGGAACGGGAAAGGCCCUGCUCCUUUUACUGACAUCGGGAACGUCCCUAAAGUGAAUUAUCUAUCAAAAUCCAAGAAAACCGCCAAGGGUAAGAAAGAGGAUGACGAUGUUAUUCCAUGGCCAACUUCAAUGGAGGACAAGAUUCAACAGCUCCGUGACCGAACCAGUCAACUCCGCGCUCUCGUAAGGAAAGAGCUUGUCGGGCGCCACAGAUCCUUGCGCUAUUUUAAAAUUGUCCGCGAUCUACAGCAAUUCGGGCUAGCGGAGUUUGCGAAGCGUAAUUCUAUAUCCAAUGUUUCAUGUCCCGGCUGUGGUAGAUCCGGCCUGCCUGUUUCUGAAAUCGCUGUUCUUUCAAGCUGUGGGCACCAGGGUUGCUACACCUGCCUCGAGGCCGCGGCACACAGACAAGAAUGCCUUACUGCGGGCUGUGAUGCCCCAGCACGUGUUCUCAACGUUGUUAAGGGAGACAGCUUGGGGGUUGAAGACCCUAAAGAAGGCCUUGGAAAGCACUAUGGGAUGAAAUUGGAGAAGGUUAUGGAGCUUAUCAAAGAAACCAUUCCGAAGAAAGACAAGGUUCUACUCUUUGUACAGUUCCCAGACCUCAUGGAGAAAGUUGCGGAGGUCUUGUCGGAGUAUAAGAUCGACUUCCUGCAACUCAAGGGCACAGCGGCAGCACAAAGUAAGGCUUUGCAGCGUUUCCAGGAGGCCGGCGAUAAGGACAGUCUCAAAGUGCUGUUGUUGAACGUAAUGGAUGAGAGUGCUUCUGGAGCAAAUCUGACCAAUGCGAAUCACGCCAUCUUCCUUUCUCCACUCUUAACGACAAGCGACUACGAGUACCGUUCUUGCGAAACUCAAGCCAUUGGCCGUGUUCGUAGAUAUGGCCAACAGAAGAAGGUGCAUGUCUGGCGCUUCUUGACAGAAAACACCAUUGACAUCACCAUAUUUGAACAGCGUUCCGGCCUCAAGUUCAAGGAUUAUCCACAGUAUAGAGUUUAG